AUGGCGAUCUUGGACAGUGUGAAAGCUGUCCAUUCGGACUUGCUGUCCACCAUCGCCGGUGUGAAGCUGGCAGGCUUGGCCUGGGCCCUGAUUGCGGUUUUCGUCCUCUGGAGCAUCUGCGCCAUCAUAUUCGACCCCUUGAGAUCGGUUCCAGGCCCUUUCCUCUUGCGAUUUACGAAUCUCCCUGUUAGGCUGCGGUUGCUCAAGGGGACCAAGGCGCAUUACGUGCACGCGCUCCACGCCAAGUAUGGAACCAACCAAGUACACUCAGGACCCAUCGUUCGGGUAGGCCCCCGCGAGGUCGACGUCAGCGACCCGGCCGGCGCUCGAGAGAUCCACGGGGCUCGGUCCGGCUUCCUGAAAGACCCGAAUUUCUACUUCGUCGCGAAAGGCAUGGAGUCCCUCCGGAGCGUCUUUUCCGCCAUCGACCCGGCCUUCCACGCUCAGCGACGGAGACUGCUGGGCCCCUGUUUUGCGGAAGCAAACAUGGUGAACCUGGAGCCGACCGUGCUGGAACGGGCGCGGCUUGCCGUGGUCAAGAUGGGCGAGGACCUCAGAGUACACGGCAACACCGACGUCCUCAAGUGGUGGACGCUUUUCGCCAUGGACGUCAUCAGUGAGCUCUGUUUUGGCCAGUCGUUCCACAUGCUCGAGGUCGGCAAGAAGACGCAGUACGCCACCGACAUCGCCGAGAUGGGAGCCAUGCUUCCUCUCCGCGGCGCCUUUCCCUGGGUCAUCAGCAUGGCAAAGUAUCUGCCGCCGCGGCUAUUCCCCUUCUUCCACAACGUCGCCAUGUCCCGGCAGCGAGUUGUGGCGUAUAGCAAGGCGCGCAUGCGCGAGUACCUGCAGCUGGUGGAGCACAAUCCCAGCGCCGUAAAGAGGACGCUCUUUGCUCAUCUGGUCAAAGGCGGCACGACCGGCAUGGGGCUGUCGGAGGAGGAUGUCACGGUCGAGUCGCAGUCGUACAUCACGGCCGGCACCGACACGACGGCCGUCACCUUGACAUACCUCAUCUACGCCGUCAGCCGCGACGAGCAGGUCCGCAAGAAGCUACUGGAGGAGCUCCGCGGCCUGCCCGACGACUUCACAGACCGCCACGUCCGCGACCUCCCCUACCUGAACUGUGUCAUCGAGGAGACGCUGCGCGUCUGGGGCGCCACGCAGGGCGCCAUGCCGCGGAUUGCUCCGGCUCAGGGCACCACUCUGCUGGGAUACCGCAUUCCGGGCGGCACGGUCGUGUCGACCCAAAACUACAGCAUCCAUAAGGACCCCGAGGCGUUCCCCAACCCCCUGGUAUUCGAUCCCAGCCGUUGGGAGAACCCCACAAAGGAGGCCAAGGCCGCUUUGAUGCCGUUUGGCAUUGGACCUCGAAACUGCUUGGGUCUCAACCUCGCCAAGAUGGAGCUGCGGCUCUGCUCUGCGAUGUUCUUCAGGGCCUUUCCGUCGGCCAAACUUUCUUACCGUGCGGGGAUGACGGACGAGGAAAUGCAGCCCGAGAUCAACUUCUUGCUGAUGCCCAAGGGUCAUCGCUGCCUGAUCGAGGUGGAGGAAUGA